UCCUUUUGCCUGAUUGGAUGCAACGGAGUGGAGCCUGGGCUGCUGGGAAGUGGGAAGAAGAAGAAACUAGUACUUUCCUGGGGAGCAAGAUGGUGGAAGCCUGGUAUAUGGACGAGUCGCAGGAGGAGCAGCGGAAGCCUCACCGCCUGCAGCCCAAUCAGCCCGCCAGCCUCGAGCUGUUGAGUCAGCUCGGCGUCUUCUAUUGGAAAUUGGAUGCUGACAACUAUGAGACUGAUCCGGAGCUAGCAAAGAUUCGGAAGGAGAAAAACUAUUCUUUUAUGGAUAUAAUAACCAUACAUAAAGAUAAGCUGCCAAAUUAUGAAGAUAAGAUAAAAAUAUUUUAUGAAGAGCACUUACACCUGGAUGAUGAGAUUCGCUACAUCCUGGAAGGAAGCGGGUAUUUUGACGUUCGUGAUAAAGACGACAAAUGGAUCCGGAUUGCCAUGGAAAAGGGAGACAUGAUCACGCUUCCUGCUGGCAUCUAUCACCGAUUUACACUGGAUGAAUCUAACUAUGUGAAAGCCAUGAGGCUGUUCAUUGGAGAGCCUGUGUGGACAGCUUACAACAGGCCAGCAGACCAUUUUCCUGCUCGAGGACAGUACCAGCAGUUUUUGGCACAAGCAGUAUAAUAAACCCAUAGGAAGGCUUAAUUCGCAGAGUGUCCUGCAACGUCCAUAAAAUAGAAAUGACAAAACUGCGCUUUUAAAAUUUUUUACACCACCUGCUAUUAAUGAGCAUUCCUUUUCCUGCAGAUCUAAUGCAACGAUAGUGAAUAGGGAGUUUUGAACUAUUCAUCCAGAACUGAUUGCCAGACUAGAUUAUUAGGGCUAAUUUUUGUGGGGGUGGGAGGUGGAAGAAGCCCUUUUGAGCAGAUCUUGGGGUUGUGUUUAACCUGGACUGGUAAUUUGAACAGUUUUCCCAUUCAUUUUAUGGCCUUAUAUUUAGUUGAAAAUUCAAUCACAUCAGCAGUUUCCUACAGUGCAGUAGACAUUUGUUCUUGUUUGUGUCACUUUGCUUCCCAAUAGUAAGGAAGGUACUAUUAAAUCAAUUAUAAAUUGACGUAUUAUUUAAAAAAUAAAAAACUAUUUAAAAUUAUUAAAUACAAUUAACAGACACUACUGAUAUCAAUCCUUUUGCCAUGCAUCAGUCAGGCACCUAUUCUAGUGAUCAGUUUUAUAGAUUGCAGACAUGUUCAGAAUAUUAACUAUAUUUUAUCCUGCUUGCAUAUAAUUGGUAUCUAAUUUUUGCAAGAAUGAUAUUCCCUGCCUUAUCCAGAAGCAUUGUACUUUAUAAUUGCUGUGAUCUCAUGUUUGUAGAAUGGUAAUAAAAACAAUGUGGUACAGUA